AUUCUACUGUACUUGCAUAUGUUAGUAAACUUUUGAACGAACGUCACAACUAUGGUGCAAAACUAAUUCUUCUAUCAAUAGACGAAGGUAUAUCUGGUUAUCGUAAUGACUCUCUUGAGGUAUUUCAUUUUAGUUUCCAAGUUUUAGACGGAUCUGUACGGAUGGUCAAUGGACGAUAUCGUCAGAAAAAUUGGGACGAAAAGAAAUUGUACAUAUGCUUAGGCUUAUUAAUAUUAGGCACAUUUUGUGGAGUUUUUCGUCGGCAGGCCCUUGAACGAGGAGCGAUUCUACUCGGGGCCAACAAAAUAUGCACUGGUCAUAAUGCCGAUGAUACCGCCGAGACUGUCUUGAUGAACACGUUAAGAGGCGACAUUGGUCGGUUACAACGUUGUACAUCUGUUAUCACUGCUUCAGAUGGUCUAAUUAUGCGGUUUAAACCUUUUAAAUAUGCUUAUGAAAAAGAAAUCGUUAUGUAUGCCAGAACUAGAAAAUUGGACUACUUUUCGACAGAAUGCACGUACGCUCCCCAUGCCUACAGGGGAUAUGCUAGAGUUUUUUUGAAGAACCUAGAAAAGGUGCGUCCUCGGGCCAUUCUCGAUAUUAUUAGUUCUGCUGAAAAUUUGUCGGUGAAGCAGAAUACUAAAAUGCCAGUUCAA